UACAGAACAAUAUCCUCAGAUUUUAUGCUAUUUGUGACGAUUUGAUGAAUGUCCGUCUUGUGUUUGAUGAGAUGCCAGACCCAAAUUUGGUCUCUUGGACAAGCAUGAUCUCUUCUUAUGUACAACAUGGUUUUAACGACCUUGGUUUGCAGCUCUUUUGUUGUAUGUUUCAUUCGGGAUUGCGACCAAACGAGUUUGGGUUGUCGGUGGCACUCAAGGCAUGCAGAAUUACAGACGAUGCACGCCGAUUCUUUGAUGGAAUUCCAGUAUGGCGAAGAUCUGAAGCCUUGUGGAAUACAUUGCUUGACAGUUAUGUCCAGGCUGCUGAUGCUGAGGAAGCUGUUGAGUUGUUUCGGCAGAUGCUGCUGUUCGAUAUAUUGCCUACAUGUUUCUCUUAUACAAUUAUGAUUAACUUAUGUGCUGACAAUUUGAAUGUCUACCUUGGAAGGUCCUUACAUGGCUGUAUAAUUAAGGUUGGCUUUGAAACCCAUGGUUUUGUAGGUGGAGCCCUUGUUGAUGCCUACUCAAAAUUAGGAGCCUUAAAUGAUGCCUCUAAAGUGUUUUGCAUUCUUGAAGAGAAGGAUAAUGUGGUCUGGAGAUUCUGUAGGAAUUGGGUCGCAGAUACAUUGCAGUUUCAUUAAGAGUGGUUUCUUGCUGGAUUCUUUUAUUGGGAAUGCUGGAAUGACUUCUGAUGCUUAUAAAGCUUUGGUUGAGGUUAGAGUUUAAUUCCGAGGAUAGAAAAGCUCUGAAAUUGUUCUAUGAAGGCAUGGAUCCCAUCUUUUAUUAAUACUUAUGCUGGGAAGAGACCAUAUGGUAGCUUCUACUUCUAUUAUCUAGUUCCGGGCUGGCCAAUCCACUGCAAUUACUACAAAAGAUACUUCUUCAUUGAAGACCAAUACUCAGUUCCAAUCCAGUGGACUAUUUACUCUCUACCCUUGUGAUGCACCCAUCAAGAACCACACUUUGGUAACUAUGUAUCCUUCUUCAUGGUAGCCAUUCCAGCCAUUCCAGUCAUGGACUAUCAUUAUCUAAAACCAUAAUAGUAGUAAUUAUUUAUUUCAUCAUCAUUGGGAGGUGGGUUGUUGUUGAGUAGUCUUUUGGUUAAUGGAUGUUAGUGUCUCUAUUUAUCAUGAAUUUCUAUUUUGAUUGUGAUACAUUUGACAUGCAGUUGAAACA